UGCUUUGCAGGACAUGUUAUAAAAUAUAUAAAUUUGAAAACCAAGGAAACGAGAGUGUCCAGCUAGGAAAGUUAAGGGGCCAAGGCGAAUCCUGGUUGACCGGCAAUUUAUUGCAAUCCCGUCAAAACUCAUUUGAAUGGCCGCCGUCCCAUCCGCAGUUGCCGCCCAUAAAUCAGAUGCUGCACUGCAGCUGAUAAUGCCGAAAGUGUGGUGAGAAAUAAAUACAAGUAUCAAAAAUUAAUGCAAGUAAAAAUGUAUUAGAACUUGCUCAAUUAUGCCCCCUUAAAAUGUUUUAGAAAAAAACUAAAAGUGCUUUGCUAAAAAAAGUGAUGAAUGACAGAAGCAACACCCGCUACAAACUGCAUGAUUAAUGGUUUAAAAGUUCAGAAGUAGUUUUCUGGUGGGUUGCAAGCUCAAGAUCAAGAUCAUCGCCGUUCUAUGCCGUGACUGCAACAUGACUUGACUAUAUCCAAGCCAGUGACUAUAUAAACUGGGCUUUGGCUGGUCUAAAAGCAUCAGUUUCUUAGAAGUCACUUCCAGUUACAGAUAUCCAGUUCAUCAUGCGCUUCACUCUGCUCGCUGUCUUCCUCUUCGGAGUGAUCUUUGCCAUCGUGUCCGCUGGUGGAAACGGAGGUGGAGGUGGUGGAGGCUGGCAGAAGAAUGGAGGAGGAGGUGGUGGCCAAGGAGGCUGGCAGCAGAAUGGAGGAGGUGGCCAGAAGCAUGGAGGCGGCGGUGGCCAAGGAGGCUGGCAGAAGGGCGGCGGAGGAGGCAGUGGUGGUGGCAAGCACGGUGGCGGCGGUGGAGGCGGUGGCAAGCACGGUGGCGGCGGUGGUGGCAAACACGGUGGCGGCUGGUAAAUCCUCUGAAGAUCCUCAAAUGAACUACUGAAAAUACUCCAACGACUCCCCAAGAUCUGAUGCAGCAUGCCACUUAAAUUUCUUCAGCCAUGCUGUUCUCCUAACAUGUCACUUAUCCAUAUUUAAUUGUUUUUAUAUAGAAAUAUCAAUUCUUUCUUUGUUUAAUUAAACUAUUUUCUUGCAAAUUAAAAA